AUAACAAAAAUGGCCGCUUCUAUAUAUGCAACCCCACCGCCUGAUUUAAGUAGCGAGGAUACAGCUUUAUCAGAUGUAUCCAAUACUUCAUCAACAACAAAUGCAAAUGCAACAACAGCAGCAGCAGCAACAUUAAAACAAUUAACAAACAACAACAACAACAACACUAACAACAAUACAUGUGAGGAAACUACAACAGCGAUAACAUCAACAACAUCAUCAACACUAUCCACAAGCAACAAUAACAACAAUAAACAAAAACGCACAAUAUCGGAUGUUCUUAAAGACAACACCAACAACAGCAGCAGCACAAGCAGUAGUAGUGGUAGUAGCAGCAGCAGUAAACCCUCGAUUAAUCUUUCCAACACAACACAAUGCUCUUCCAAAUUGCCCACAAUGGGAAGCUCUACAAAUGCCAUUAUCGCACAUGAUAAUGGAGACGAUGAUAAUGAGACAGCCAAUACAAUGGCUGCUGUAGCCGCAGCUGCUAAUGCAGCCAUGCAACUACAAUUAUUAGAAGCCAUAAAUGAUGCUGCCAAAAAACGUCGCAAACAACACAAUCCCAGUCGCAUGGAUGAGGAGAGCAGCAAUACGAAUACCACAAACACGUCUGCUCCCACGGUAGACUAUGAGGAUAAAUUAUCGAAAAUGUUUUUGCCCAAAUCGAUGGAACAGUUUAAGGAAACUUUCGAAUUGUUACAGCAGCAGCAACACAUUGAAAACAUAUCAAAAACUCAGGAAUUAAAUGAUCACAAAAUGGAUGAUCAUCAGCAGCAGCAACAUCAACAGGCUUAUAGUAAUCCAUAUCAUACCUUCUGCAAGGAGUGUGGUGAAAAUUUUGAAAAUGAAUUUAAAUUAAGUCUGCACAUGAUGCAGGAACACAAUGAGAACUCGGAGGGUUAUGCUAAUCAUCAGGGUACAACUGGAGAUAUGACUCCUUUGGAUAUAUUGGCCUCGGUUAAGGUGAAAUUGGAGAGGCCUGAAUGUGAAUCACCCUCUUCGAAUCAUAAUUCAGAUCCUGGCUCCAACACACAUGAUCAGUCUCAGCAACAUAAUAAUGCCAACUCUGCAGGUCUUUUAACCAAUGGCAAAGAUCUGCAGCAGCAACAGCAACAAUGGAUGGGUGGCCCUGCCAUGGGCCCCAUGGGUUUUUCUUUUCCUCCAGAAGCUGCUGCUGCAGCCGCUCUACAGGCCGGAGGUUAUUUGCCUUUGUUAGGUGUUCCCGGCUUUCCCGGUGUCGAUGGUCUGAAUCGUCCUCCUCUAAGAAUUUUUAACCCUGAAGCUUUUUGCGAACUGUGCAAUAAAGAGUUUUGCAAUAAAUAUUUCCUAAAAACCCACAAAGCCAACAAGCAUGGCAUCUAUGAUCCCAGCAGUGAUGGUCUCAGUAGCAGCCAGCAACAACAACAGAAUGCCAGCAUGAAUGCCAUGAAUCAAAUGUUUCAAUUACAAAUGCAACAGCAACAUCAACACUUGCAACAGCAGCAGCAACAAAUGCAAAUGGAAUUGGCCCAACAGAAGCUGAUAAAUGAACAGCAACGCAAAGACACCAGCAGCAGCAACUCGCAACAGCAGCCGAACACACAAGUUACACCACCAGCUCCAGCACCGGUAUUUUGUGAUAUUUGCUCAAAACGUUUUACCAAUGUCUUUGCCAUGCGUCGUCAUCGGGCCAAGGCUCAUGAACAAAACUCCAAUAGUAAUUCACAGCGUAACAGUCCUUCGGAAGGUUCCAGCAACUCUUUAGAAGCCACUACACCUUCUAACCAAACUCCUGAAUUAGCAACAGGCAAACAAUUCCAAAUGCCUGAAGGUUUUCGUCAAGAUUUCGUUUUGGAACAGGAAGAAGUAUCAUUUACACCACAACCUCGCAAACUGUCGCCACAGUCGCAACAGCAGGCCCGCGAAGCCAACUUUGCCCAUGAUAAACUGAAACGUUUGGGUGUACUCAAUCCGGAGGCUUUCUGUGAGAUCUGUUGUAAGGAAUAUUGUAAUAAAUAUUUCCUACGCACCCACAAAUGGAAACGUCAUGGUAUUUUUAUGCCUCCCGAGGAAGCGGAUAAUCCUCAAAAGCUGCCCACUUGGCCAUUCAUGAAUAUGCCUGGUAUGCCGGUUAAUUUAAUGAUGGCUCAACGCAUGAUGUCGGGAGGAGCUGAAGCAGCAGCCACAGAAGAUUUAGCGCAACAGUCUAGCAAACGCAUAAAACUAGAACAACCCGAUGAAGAUGAGGUUAUGAAGGACUCGAACAAUGAUGAAAAUCAAGAAAAUCGCAGUGAAAAUAAUCAGGUCUUAAGUGUGCCCUCGACACCAGAACCCAGCAAAUUAAUGGCCGAUAGCCAGACUAUGGCUCAAAGUCCUGAGGCAGCCAUGGGUUUGCAAAAUCUACAAAAAUUACAGACCAUGAUACAACAGUUAAAUGAUUUGAAUGGCAAGAGACCCAUAGCUUGUCAUUUGUGUGGACGGGAAAUGGAAAAUCAAUAUGCUCUACAGGCUCAUAUAAUGGCCGAACAUGCAGGAGGUAUGGAGGGCGCUAUGCCUCCUCUAAAUUUCCCCUCCCAGCUGCUAAUGCAACAACAAGCUUUGCUCAAACAGUCUCCCAAUGGUUCACCCAGUUCUUUAAUGCCUUUAAUGGGCAUGGGAGCCGGUGCUGGGGAGCUGCGCUGUACACCUUGUGAAAGAGAGUUUACCAACUUGCCAGAAUUUCAAAAACAUAUCACUGAAGUUCAUUUGCUAACCAAUACCUCGGGAAGUCCUUUACGCGAAGGCUUUGUAACGCCCGAAAGACCGAUUAAUCCUGCUAUGGCUCAGAGUACCAGACCUCCCUAUACCAUUACGCCCACCAGCAGUUAUUGUGAGAUUUGCAAUAAGGAAUUGUGCAAUAAAUAUUUCAUGAAGACUCACAUGCAAAGAAUGCAUGGCAUUGAAAUCGAAAAUGGAGCCCAAAUCGGCGGUGUAGUGUGCAAUAUCUGCAAUAAGGAAUUGUGCAGUAAAUAUUUCCUUAGGGUACACAAACACAAUACCCAUGGCAUUAUAGAGGAUGGUGCCCCCUUGCCACAACCCAGACAAAAUGGUUUGAAUUUGGAAACGGCUUUGCAGCAACAAAUGCUAGAGACGGAAGGCCUAAAUAGAAAUCUCAACAUGAGUCCCUUUGGCAGUGGUGGUUCAGAGGGUAAAAAUGAUGCGUAUCCCUCUUCAACAUAUACCGAAAUUUGUCCCAUUUGCACUAGACGUUUUCGCAAUGUCAAAUGGCUGAGAAGUCAUUUGAUUAGCGAACAUGGUCCCUCCGGCAUGGAUAAGGUACGUGAAUUGGAACAGCAGUAUGGUGGCAGUUUAAGUAAACCCUCUAGUCCUACUCUAAAAGUACCCAAUGGUUCCAGUUCGGCUGGUUCCUCAAAUACACCUACAGCAGUACCCUCACCAGCUCAAUUAGCUCAAGCUUUGCAAAAUCUCAAUGCCCAACAUUUGCUACAGAAUAUGCCGAAAAACAAUAUGGCUAACGCUUUUAAUAAUGAACAAAAUCUCCAAUCACCACAGCUAAAGGAAUAUCAAUGUUCCAUGUGUCCAUUUACCACACCCUACUAUGCAUUCCUAUUCAUACACGAACGUACACAUUCCAUAAUCAAUAAUAAUGAACAGGAACCGGAACCGGAAGAAAAUACGGAACAACAUUUUAAGCAGGAAAAAUUAGAGGAACCACAACAACAGCCACACAACCAGGAGUCCAUGCCAGAAAAGAAGGACAGCAAAUCCUUGAAAAGAAAAUCCAGCCGUGAAACUCCCCCCGAAAUAGUGGCUUUGGAUGAAGACGACAAUGAACAGUUUGAAAACAAGCGACAGCAGGAACAAGUACCGUUUGUAACCAACAAUGAACCCACUAACCUCUCCAUGCGUACACCCUCACCCACCGAAAUUACCUCUACCACUAGCCGCGAGGAUAUGCCCAAACCUCUUAGUCCCAAAAUCCAGCUAACACAAGAUAACUCCAUAAGUGAUAGCAAAGAUUUCCAACGUUCUUCACUCUCGCCACGAGGCUUUAGAUCAGCCGCAUGCUCACCGGUUUUUGCUAAUUUUCAACAACAAUUUCUACAAGAAAUCGCCCAACAAUCUGGCAAACCAGCUUCAUUUGCGGUGCCACGUGAAGAUGGAACAUCGUCUCAAAUGCAGGCAUUUGUUAUAGAGGCCGUGGCGCAAAGCGAUGGCAAUGAUGGUGAUGAUAAUGAUGUUGGUGCGGAUGUAGUAAGUAAUAGAUUUGUACCCGCUAUUGUGUAUUUACCCGUCAAAGAACGUCUAACAGGUACUAUGAAAUUAUCUUUCAAUUUGACACCUGUUUAAACUUAUGUAUGUAUGUAUGUUUGUUGGGUUAGCGUUAGGCGGGUCCAGCAAAUGAAAACAAAAACAGGGUUUCUCUUUUAAAAGGAGAGGUGGGAGAGAGAGAGAGAAUGAGAACGAUUUAAAAUUAAGGCGAAUUAGUAGUUGUGAGUUUAAAAGAGGGAGAGAGAAAACUGUUUUACAAUGAAACUUUACAGCUUUUAAGGCUUUCAAAUCUUUACCAGAUGAUGUAAGUCAUUGAGAGAAAGAGCCUUUUUUUCCAAUAAAGUUUGUUAGCUUUUAAGCUUUAGCUUUAAGAAUCUAUACAAAAUGAAAUUGAUCAAAAAGGGAGAGCCUCAAGAGUUAUAUAUAAAAUGAAUUUAGCUAGAAAGAGAGCGGUCUUUACAAUGAACUUUUAGAAAGCUUUUAAGCUAAACUGAUUUUAAAUCUCUACAAGCUUAAGUCACUGGCGAAUUCGGGCAAAUUAGGUGAAUUUGUUGUGUUUUUAGUUUUUAAAAUGAUCUCAUCUUCUACGAAUUCGCCUUGGCUGUACUCUUAUGGAAAGUUGUUUAGGUUUUUGUUGAAAAAGUGUAAAAUUUAAUCCAUUCGAAUGCAUAUAAACUGUCCUUCACCGUUCAUCUGAGACUGAGUUUAUG